AUCUAAAUUGCGAUAAUUAUUUUAAGUGAAAGUAUCUGUACGCAAUUCAAUUUGCAACUGCAUAACGUUUUAGUCGCGGAUCAAAAUGACCCUACUUUCGUUCACUCCGUUCUCCGACGGUCAAGUUUCACGGGGAUUAGAAAUAGUACUUAAUUGUGAUGCGUUAAGCGAUGUCACCGGGAAUACAUCGAUAAAACAUCCAAUAAAUUAUCGAUACGAACAAUUUAGCCAAUUGCGGUUCUUUUUACGCAACGAGAAAAUUACAUACACUGAACGCCUUAGGUAAUAAAUUAACAUUCCUUCUUUUAUCGAAGCAGUAAAAGUCGUGUAUUCGCGAACGCUCGAAAGUAAUAACGUCCUCUCCUUGUUCGCCAAUUUGUUCGCGAUACACGUACACACGCGUACAACGCGAUGCGUAAGCGUCGUUAGAAUGAACCAUGGUUUUGAACAUGUUUCCUAGUUUCUCUGAUUGAUCUAUCGUGACACAUAGAAUCACGAAGGAGAGACGAACACGUGUAUCGUGCAUAUAAAUAUUUGUUUAUCUUGUUUUCUUUAUUUCCCUUUUAAAAAAUGCAUUCAUAAUUGUUCUAUACUUUGACGGUUUAAUGCUGAAAAGCUUCAAGUACUGCAUUACAUUACCCAUUAGCUACUGCGAUCCCCAAAUGGGGAUUUGAAUAUAUAUAUUUCUUUUAUCACUUGCAAUAGGAUUAUAUUAAAUAAAAUGUUAAAUAAAAAUAUCAAAAAUAAAAAUUUGGUUGUUAAUGGGUUAAUUAAAAGUUCAGUGUGUAUGUUACCGUGCUACUAAAUUGUUUCAGCGACGUAAAUUUUAUACAAAAAUAUCAGCGAUCUAACCAAAAUUUACUUUUCAUUUAUUUUCAUUCUUAUCAGGGGUAUUACAUUUUUCGAUAAAUGCUUUUUUAAAGGAAUCUUUUUAUGCCGUGACUGCUUCUUUUUCUUUCUUUCCUUUAUUCGAAGCAAUUCAAAUACAAAAAUAGAAAACAAUUCGUAAGAGGUUACGCGUUCGUUUGUUUUCGCUAAAUGGUAAUAAACAUGCAGAAACAUUUUUUAACGUUUUUAUAAAUGUUUGGAAAUAAGCAAACUUUACGAUGAGCUUUUCUUCGAAUUAAGAAUGGUAAUUUGAAAAGGCAAUAAUAGAUUUAUCCGCGAAAAAAGGCGUCAGCGCGUGCUGUCACGAAAGUUUACGAGCGCAACAUCAAGAGCUUUUCGCUACUAAUAAUUACACAGUGAAUGAACAAGAGAAGAUGCCUGGCCACCGUCAGCCUAACUCCCUAGAGGGACUUAGCUUGGGACGUGUGUGUCAACAACUCGACGGGACGUGCCGACGGCUGCAGGUGCUUUCACAAGAAUCAUCUGCUGCUCAAGUAUUGGCCUACGCGAAGCAAACUAUCAGACCCUACUACAUAAAUGCACUGCCAGCACGUUUGAGAUCUCAAGUUAUACAAGAAACUUCCAAACUGUUAUAUGGACCAGCAUCUGAUGGAUCAACUUUAAUCUCUGGACCAGCUCCUCUAUAUCUAUUAGCCCUUCUUCUUGGGCACGAUAUAAAGCAACUGAAAGUGAAUCUCUGUUGCUACUAUGGAUGUAGCCAUCAGACAUCGUUAUUGAAAUUGCUUGCAUCAGAAGGAAUUGGACUUGAAUCUUUAGAAUUGGCCAGAUCUGCUCUAUUAAGAUUGGACUGCAAAUUAUUGCGAUCCGCGCUUCUGAACAUGAAAAAUUUGUUGAGUUUAACUUUGAGAAACAUAGCUAGUGAUGCAGUGCUUCAAGUAGUAGGAAAAGCUUGUCCAAAACUUGUACUUUUGGAUGUGGCUUGUUCCAGACAAGUAACAGAUGUUGGAUUGAAGCAAUUACUGUUGCAAGUAGAACUUAGAGACAAAGUGCCUCAUGCUACGAUGCAAGAACCUACUAGCUGGUCUCGCCUAAAAACUCUACUUUCAAAAUUAAAAAUGAGGAAUUCUAAAUCAGAGAAAAAGGAAAAGCAAGGGGUACUGUUGGAAUACUAUGAGAGCAGAAACUUUCUCUGUGAUACGCUUAGAGUACUUAAUGUUGCUAAUACUCAGGUGACCAGUACAGGAGUACUUUUGGCAUUGGUACACGUUCCAAAAUUGGAAUCUUUGGCAGAAUACAGUCAUAUGGGAAGAGUGGUGGAAAUUAUGAAUAAAGGGUUCACUGGAUUUAGAACUCCAUUUAGCCUAACUCAAGCAAGAAGCUGCAGAACAACACCGGUUCGCUUAGAACUUUUAGCACAGGCAUGUCCGAAAGUGGAAAAAUUACAUAUCUCAGAGCCUCAUCAUCCUCCUGAAGCUUUAGGACUAUUUCCCUACAUUACAUCUCUCAGUGUACACAGUAUACCUCCUCAAAGAGAAUGGUUAGAUGGUUUUUACGAAUAUCUUCGCACCAACGGACAGAAUUUACGCGAACUUAAUCUCAGAAUAACCCAAAACGACAAUCUCAUACAAGUGGACUUGAAAGAAAUCUUUAACAGCUGUACUAAUCUCAGAACGUUUACUAAUGAUGGUUCCAAUAUAACUUGGAGAGAAGGACCUGAUCCUCCUCCCUUAAAGUACUUAAAGAAAAUUCAAUUGGGACGUAUAGUGAGUGCACUUGCUAUUACAAAAAUUCUUUCACUAGCGCCAGAGUUAACAGCCUUGCAUGUACAUAGUUGUUUUGAUCUCACAAAUGAACACUUGGAAAAGUUACUGAGUGCAUCAACUAAAAAGAAUACACGAAAAUCUGAUAAAUGUGAGAAUAGUUUAGUACAAAAUCUAACAUGUUUUUACAUAUACGAAGCCAGUAAAGUGUCUGCAACUACUGUGCUGAAUAUGUUCAAAAAUUGUAAGAGACUGAAAAAAAUUGGUAAUCUGGCAAAUUGGGGUUUAGAUUGUGAAGGUGUGAGAAUGCUAAGAACAACACUGACACGCGCUAAUUUGGAUGUAGACCUGUGUCCAGGGGCACACUGGUUCUGGAGUAAUUGUAUUCAGUAACAGCUUUUUUUUAACUCGUUGUAUUAAAAAAGCAGCUCCUUAAAAAAUUCUGUCCAUGACACGAUUGGCUGCUAUAUAAUUUGGAUCUGUUAUACUUGAGUAGACUGUGAAAUUGUCAGUAUUAAAAAUUAUCUUAAUAAAUAUAAGGCAAUUUAUAUCGGGAAAUACAUGAAGAAACAUUUUAUUAUAUAUUAGGUAUAAAUGAAAACAUAACUGGCAACAGAAAUUGGUCAUUUUAUCAUCUACUAAGAAAACUAUUUCUCCUUGACUUAAUAAACUCAGAAUUAACAUAUCUGUGUAACUCUACAGUUUGUUACAACUGAAUGUUGAAAUAUCUGACAAUUAUAUACUAAAUAUAACAUAAAAGAUUAUAUUACUAUGCCAUGUUAUAAUAACUUACUUUACAAUAAAAUAGUGUUCUAACAAACAAAUCAAAAUAUACUUGUACUAUAAACUGUUAUUAUAUAAACUAAAACUUAAAAUUCCAUUAUGAAAUGUAAUGCCAAUAAGUAAAUUACGUGAUAAAAUACAUAAAAAUGAAAAUGGAUUGUAUUUAACUAUAAGGUUUUAAAUUGUAUAUAAGUACUUAAAUAUUUGAAAGAAGAAAAAAAUAAUAAAUGACUAGAUGAAUUCAAACUUGGUACACAUUUGUACUACAUUAUAAUAAAGAUCUACAUAGCACAAACUAUAUACUUAUAUCACUCUUUUGAUUUUAAUAAAAA